CACCCAUCAUCACCCCCAGACACAACAGCCAAAGGCAGCGGAUGAUGGGAGUUGUAGUCCUCCAACAAUCUCCAGGGACCCACGUGUGAGCACCGAAAGCCUAGAGCACUUCCGAGCAAGCACGCAUCCGGCCCGCUCCAUUCCGCACCCCGCUCCCUCCUCCUCCUCAGCACCCUUCUUCUUCCAUCUCAGAGCGGCUGCGCCUGGAUCGCGACCUCCGCCGGCAGGAACCCGGUGAACGGGAGGGGCGGGGCUUAUCCCAGGCAGGCUCCGCCCCUUUCUUUGGAAUCCUGGAGCUGCAACAUCGCGUCCGCCUCUUCGGCCCGCCGGAGGUCGCAAGUUCGAAUCCCGGAGGCGGCGGCGGCGGCGGGGCGCCCAGCUCGCCCCCGGGGAGGAGAAGCGGGUGGCGGCGGUUGCCUUCGGGAAGAAAGGAGAGCCAGGACCACCCGGGCAGUUAGAUCCAUGCCAGCCCAUGCAGUGGUUCACCCCGAGCCCCCUGAUGGAGGCUGGGGGUGGAUGAUCGUCCUGGCAGGUUUUGUGCAGUCGGCCCUGGUCUUUGGGGUCAUCCGCUCCUUCGGGGUCUUCUUUGUGGAGUUCGUGGCCUACUUUGAUGAGCUGUCCCGUCGCAUCUCCUGGAUCACCUCCAUCGGGAUAGCCGUGCAGCAGUUUGCUAGUCCGGUGGGUAGUGCCCUGAGCACUCGCUAUGGGGCCCGCCCCGUCAUCAUGGCCGGUGGGUUCUUCUCGGGCUUGGGGCUUUUGUUGGCUUCAUUUGCCACUAGCCUGGCUCACCUGUAUCUCUGCAUUGGGCUGCUCUCAGGUUUCGGCUGGGCCUUGGUCUUCACCCCCUCCAUGGCCUCCUUGGCCCGUUACUUCUGGAAGCGCCGGACGUUAGCCACGAGCCUGGCCUUGACUGGCGUGGGCCUCUCUUCAUUUGCCUUCUCCCCGCUCUUCCAACUCCUGGUGGACACGUAUGCUUGGCGCGGGGCCCUGAUGAUCGUGGCCGGCGUCUCCUUCAACCUGAUCGUUUGCGGGGCCCUCAUCCGCCCCCUGACCCUGAAGGAGGACCUGCUUGACCCCGCGAGAGGCGAGCCGGAGGAGUUGUGCCUGCAGAAGUUCUCCUCCCUCUUCGGGCUGCACCUCUUGUCUCACUGGCCCUUCAUGCGGUUCGUCUUUGCCGUCACCCUCAUCAACACGGGGUAUUUCAUCCCCUACGUCCACUUGGUUGCCCAUGCGAGAGAGCUGGGUUUCGAUGAGUACCAGGCAGCCUUCGUGAUGUCUGUGGCGGCCGUGGCUGACCUGUUUGGACGCCUCUUCUCCGGCUGGCUGGGAAACUGCAAGGCUUUCCGCCUGCUCCACAUUUUGGUGGCCUGGACGUCUCUGACAGGCGUCGCCUUGCUGCUGAUCCCGUGUGGCCGUGACUACCUGGUUCUGGUGGCCAUUAGCCUUUGCUAUGGCUUCUUCUCGGGAGCCCUUACCCCCGUGGUCUUCUCCAUCAUUCCCGAAAUUGUGGGCAUUGGGAACAUCUUCACUUCCAUGGGGUUGCUGCAAAUGAUAGAGAGCAUUGGGGGCCUGUUGGGGGCCCCACUCUCAGGUUGGCUGAGGGAUGUCACAGGAGACUACGUUGCCUCUUUCUUAGCUGCCGGUUCCUUCAUGCUGGCUGGAAGCCUCGUUCUGGUGACUUUGCCCAACUUCUUCACCUGUCUGGCCUCCUGCACAUUGCGAGAACCUGAGACCAAGGUGGAGUCUGUUGAAGUUGGUGCUCCCUUAGCGUCGGCACCGGUGCCAGUGGUGGUUCUCUCUCCCCAUGAUUGCCACCCCUACAAGGUCAUGCCUGAGACGGAGAAGCCCCCAUCCAAGAGCUGACACUCAAGGGUGCCAUCCUGAGGAACCCAAGAUGGCAGCAGAGUCCAGACUGGAGUGGCAGUGAUUGCCACUGUUGGGAUAGGGGUAAAGAGUUUAUCUUCCAGGGAGCAGUGAUUGCUGAUACCGACAGGCCAGCCAGAAACCCAGCCAUGCAGCUGCUGGUAGGAUAUUCACACACCUGUGCCUUUGACAUUCUGCCUUUUCUCUGGCCCACCCAACUAGGCCAGUGCACAAAAGCGGGUGUCUUGUGGAGCGCUAUAUCGGAGUACGUCUUGGGUCCCAGCAGAGGGGCCGCUGAUGCAAACUUCACUAACUGCCACGCCCAGUGCUUCCACUCCAGCAGAGGGGCUCUCCUGCCCUCGGCUGCUGUCGAACUUCCAUCCCACCCCCUGCAUUCCCAUUUUAACCAGCAUCCCCAGGAGCUUGCUGGGAGGGGUGGCAUUCCUGGCAGGUCAAGAUGGCUGGGAAGGGAGAAUUCCCUUCUCCCCAGCUGUCUCUUCCAGUACUGGGGAAGCUACAAAUUAGUGUCCCUCCGCCCUCCCCCCACCAACAUAGAGAUGGCACGAAGCGUAGGCUGCUGUUUCACUUGCGAGCCACCGACUACAACCCUGGAUACGGAUGGCGGCACCGCUAACCCCUCAUUUCAGCAGCAUCUUGCUGGGAACAGGCGGCAGCCCCUUGAGGAGGCAGGAGCUGUUCCCCCUGGGCUGAAGGCAGAAGGCACACCCCCCACAGCAAGAGCAGAGGGCUGCAUGGUCCACAGAGCCCCUCUGCUGCAGGGUCCAGUCCGGGAGGGUGCACGGAAGCCGCUGGGCUGCCAGCCAGCAGAAUGACGGUCUGCACGCACAGGGCCCUCUGCAGAGACUCUUGUCCGGGGAAGGCCCUGGCGUGGCUUCCAGAGGGCUGUAGCGCCACUAGCUCCUCCCUGGGAGUAUGCUGGUGUCGGGCCCAUUCACAUGGUUAUAAUUGGGGAACUGUGUCCGUUCCCGACUUGUGAUCGUGUGCCAAGGAAAAAGCAAGGCAGGAGCGGGAGGAAGGGACCAUCUGAAGGAGAGUUGGGCUGGACGGGGUUCUCGCCUACCUUGGCAAAGUGCUGGGUACGAGAGCUGGGGGAGCACAGCGCCAUCCUGCUCAGCAAUCUCUCUCGGGCGGUCACUUCCUUCCCCUCGGGUGUUGCUUUUCCCCUUGCACACGAUCACAGAAUGGGAGCACAUUCAGUUCCCCAACUAGGAUAGAACGCCUGUAAUUAUGAUCAUGUGCGCCUCCACACUGGGCCUUCUCCCACGGGGAUACACACAUGCACACACACACACACACACUGGUGUCCCCCCACCCCGCAACUUGCCAUGCUCUGGGCCUGCCCCUGUCUGAAAGCACCAGUCCGGCUGCUCCACAGAUGCCCUCCUUGUUCUCCAUCAGCCCACGGUGGGUCAGUACCUUUUCAGGUGUGGCCAUUUUCAGAAGCUGGCAUGGGAGAACCUGAGUUGGGUGGCAAACGGGUCUUGUGAAUGCUGCACUGUGCCCAGGUUAGGAGUUUGUGCAGGUUGGAACAAGUUCAGGGGGAGUUGUGUUGGUGCACACUCGCUGGGGGCAUGUUAAAGAUGUGGCAAAAUCCUUGGGAAAUUCAACACAGCCUUUUGACUUGUGCUUGGACCUCCCUUUUGUUCCAUUUUGUAAGCACCAGAGGUCCAAACUGCAAACCUCACUCAGUUCAUAGACCAUUGAAAGGUCUUUCUCUUCCCCCCCACCCGCCCACAACAGACUGCUUAGAAGCAUCUCUGCUUCUGUCCCCCACCCCACUCUGUUGCACAAUCAUGGGAUCAAUUUCAUAAUUUUCUAAGGAGAGCUCAUUUUCUUGGGAGAGCAAGGAAAACCUGGCUUAAAAGAAGUAGCAGGUGAAUUAGUUUUAGGUCCAAACAUGCAGUGUUUGUGUGGUAUGGGUUUUUAAGGAUAAAACCAAGAUGCUUUAUCUUUUUUAAAAACUCUGAAGUCUUUAAAAAUGUUACCACUUAUUUUUUACUUAAUAAGUUAAAAUGUCUGUGAAAUAAAAUUAUAAGAGAUCAACAGCAA